AUGCCAAUGGAUGAAUGUAGAUCAUGUCUUGUCAUCUUUCUGUUUCUGAUUGCUGUUGUCGAAUGCAAGAAAAUUGAUGGUUGGCCUAUGAGUGCAUCGGGAACAGUACAGACUAAUUGGACUGGUACUUGGCAUGGUACGCUUCAAGCGUAUCCAGAAGGUGAAAUAGGUGCUGGUUGGAAUACGACAUUGGAGAUUGGACCCUAUCCAAUGUUUGAUGGCAGUUGCACCAUGUGGCGAGGCAUUUUUAAAGAGAAUGGUACAAUAAAACUUACUAAAGACAAUCGCUUCUGCCGAGGGCAUGGUCCUGAUGAUCUGUAUUUUGAUAAUGGUGGCGGUGGCAAGAUAGCAGUUCAAUGGAUUCAUAACGUGUUAGUGUCACCAUUUAAAUAUAACGGUGUAUUUGUAGUCGCGAGCAUGCGAAUGCGUGAAGAUAUUCUUGAAGAGGAGAUUUUAAUUACUGGUGACAAUCCCGCUGUUCAAAAUGUCACUGUGUCUAUACGAGCGCAUAGCAUUCAUAUAAAGACAAUGAGACGAAUGUCUAUGUCCAACAGCGGAGAAAAAUCAUUUCGAUCACCUUUUCUUGUAAUUUAUGCAUUAUUUUUUCUUAGAUUUGGCUUCUUAUUACAUGCCUGA